GAGGCGGGACCCUAGUAUUACUGGUUUUCAUUGUAGUAAUUUUAUUAUAAACGUUUCUUUAUAAGAUAAAAGGAAACAAAUUAUCAAGCGAAUAAAAACUAUUUGUAUAAAAAUCAUGCGCUCGAGGUUUUGCAUAGUAUGAAAGUGACCAGCCCAAGGAAUACGAACAAAUCGAUCAUUUCUAUAAAGCUUUGAAGUGAAACUGACAAGUUCGUUAAACCAACUUUGAUCUCUGAUAUAUUACAAACAAAAUCUGUGUUCGGAUUUCAAUGAUUGAAUCGUUUUUUAAGCAGUACCGACCUAUUUUGCUUGGAACUCUCCAGUAGGACAUAUAAAUGGAGACUGGUUUUGGAUUUUUACCUUACUUCGAAUCUUCAUUUGUUGCUGCAAGGAAACUAGAAAUUUCAUAGGAAAAAAGAUCUCGGAUUAUAUGUGUUGUUAUUUCCCAGAUAUGCAACCUGCUCUCGACCUACCUGUUAAUUUCACGAAACAUUCGGUGUACCGUGAUUCACCAACAACUUUCAAUAAUAUGACAGUUCGAUUUGAUCUUGUGCAACCGCAGUGAACGUUAAGGAUGGAAAUAUUUAACUUUACUUGAUUUUCGCAUUUUUUGACUUGAAAUUUUCGAUAUCCUGUUAACAAAUUAAUGAUUACAGACCGUGAAAAUGGGUUGUAUAAUUCACUACAAUUUUAGUCAUGGUGCUUUUCCGUGGACGUUUAUAAAGUAAACGUUGUAGUCAUAAAACAACUUUAUAAAAAAUAUAAUUAUCAGCGAAAAAUUUUGUUAGUUAGAAUGACGAAGAUAUAUUUAGUAGUGACGAUCUGGUGUUGUGCUGUGUUUGAUGCAACCAGCAUGGCGAGGCGAUUAGAUAUGCCUUUAGAUGUUAACAAGCUUGAGAGUUUGGGUAAUACAGAUACUCUUAUGAAAUCUCUGAAAGACAUUGCUCAAAAGUCGCACAACUGCGGUGUGAAGGAAAUACCAAAACUACGGCGACACUACCUCCGAAAUUCCACAGUAACAUGCAAUGACGGUUCCCGCGCAGGGUAUUAUUUAAGAAAAUCUUAUGGCAGCAAAAAGUGGAUCAUAUUUUUAGAAGGAGGCUGGUAUUGCUUCGACAGAUUUAGUUGUGAACUGCGAUGGAGCAGCAAAAUGAGGCGGUACAUGACAUCCAAAGAAUGGCCAGCUUUCAAAACGGGUACAGGAAUCCUUUCGUGGGAUCCGAAAGAAAAUCCAUAUUACUUCAAUGCAAAUAUAGUGUAUAUCCCAUACUGUUCCAGCGAUUCGUGGACGGGCACAUCACCGAGGAAUGGGGACGGAUAUGCCUUUUUAGGCUCCUAUAUUAUUGAGGAAGUAGUCCGUGAUUUGAUUCCACGGGGCCUAGCCAGGGCAAAGAAAAUGUUCUUAACAGGAACCAGUGCUGGUGGCACGGGUGUCUUGAUGAACCUUGACCGCGUCGCGGACCUGAUGGCGACACUAGGACCAGGAGUCGAGGUUCGAGGAAUCGCUGAUUCCGGCUGGUUUUUAGACAUUCCACAAUUUAAUCAAAAGCCUUGUACAGAGCCCCUCUCGUGUUCCCCUACCACAGGGAUCAAAAAAGGAUUCCAUCAGUGGAGAGGUCGCGUACCGGAAGCUUGUAAAAAGGAAUAUCCGGGUCAGGAACAGUGGCGCUGCUACUUCGGAUACCGGAUGUAUCCAACACUGAAAACUCCUGUAUUUAUCGUGCAAUACUUAUUUGACGAAGCGCAAAUCUUAGCAAAUAAUUUGAUAAACCAAAACAAACUGAUGAACUACAAUGGCAGCAAUGAACUGCUUUCUAAAGAACAAUGGGAGUAUCUCUACAAGCUCGGGGAGAAAGUGAAACAGACGCUUGAAAAUGUGACGGCGGUGUUUGCUCCUGCUUGCUUGUCACAUGAAGUUUUGCUUAAGAAGAGCUGGCAUUCAAUAUCCGUCAAAGGCAUAUCCCUGUCUCAGUCCAUUUACUGCUGGGAAAAUAGUUUUGAGGGAGAGAAAUGUAUUACUGCCACCAACGGAAGCACGAGUGUCAAACUAAUACGCCCAUAUGGCGAUGCCCCAGUGAAAGCAGGGAACCAAAGCAAAAAGUCUCAAAGAAAGAAAAAGAAGAAGAGAAAGAAAGAUAAGAAGAAGAGGCGAAGGAAGAAGAAGAAGAAUAGAAACCGAAAAAAUAAAAAUAGGAAAAACAAGAAAAAUAAUAGAAAGAGGAAUAAAAAGAGGAAGAGAAAGGGAAAAGGAAAAGGAAAAAACAGAAAGAAGAACAGAUCACAGCGAUCAGCUAAAAAUGUCAGUAACUGCAGUCAUCACCUGAUAGAACACUGUCCUCUACCUCAGUGGUGCAAUAGCUUUUGUCCCACCUUCCGGAACCAGUACAACGGAAAGGAGAUUGACUUUUUCAAGGUGUUUGCUGCUUCCGGUAUGGACAGCAAAGGAAUGGCAGACCUUCUGGGUGUCAAUAUGUCCACAGUGACCUCCAUGAAUGCUAACACAAUCUCAACAUUACUACUGGAUACAUUUAGACACAAACAAAAGGCGUAGCUAAAUGUGAAUAUGUCGUUUGAUUAUUUUAUAACAUACCUCAUGCAGAACGUUAUAAUGGUGGAAUGCAUUUUCAUUGUACAGGAAAUGGAUAUUCAAAGCAAAAAAAUUAAUUUGCAUGUACAUAUACCUUGAAUGGCAUUGGAAGAUAUUUCAGGAUUUCAUGAUAGAUAAACAUUUGUUAAACUUCAUCAUACAAUACGAAAUACAUAACAAUCAAAACGGAAGUAAGCAGCAUUUCAUUAUUGACACAACCCCCCCCCCCCCCCCCCAACAUUUAGUGAAAUAUAUACAUAUAAAACAAUUGUCGAGAUUAAGAUGUAUGGUUUUGUCGUCUCAGUAUGGUUUAUGACAUUAGUUUGAGUCAGACAUUGUCCAGUGUGUAUUUAUACAAUCAUUGAUUGUGUAGCUUAUCGUAUGGUUAUUCACUGGGUAUAAAUUUUUAAAAUGCUUUGACCUUUGACCUGACUUGUUGUGUUGCUUGAUUGGACUAGCAAAGACUAGUGCAGAAAUUUUAAAUCUUGUGAUGCAUAAUUCAACAUGCAAAGAUAACUGAAAAUUGUAAAUAUUUAUUUUUAUUUUGAAAAAGGAAUCAUUUUGUGAUAUGUAGCAAUUCAGGGAAAAAUGAAUUGUAUUUUGUGUAUAUAUAAAUAUAUAUAUAUAUAUAUAUUGUUAUUUUUACUCUACUGUAUAUAUACAUAUGUAAUUUUAUUUUGUAGCGAUUUGUUCGAGCAUUGCUAUUCUUUUUUAAAUCUUGGUCAUUAAAUUUUUAAUGU